AUGGCGUCCGGCUCAUCUCUCCCAGAAGAGGACCUCACCUGCCCUGUGUGUUGUGACAUCUUCACUGAGCCUGUUCUCUUGGAGUGCAGCCACAGCUUCUGUAAAGACUGUCUGCAGCUGUGCUGGGAAGAGAAAGGAUCUCGGGAAUGCCCAGUCUGCAGGAGAAAGUCCUCUAUGGAAUCUCCUCCUCGUAACCUAGCCUUAAAGAACCUGUGUGAGGCCUUUUUACAGCAGAUAAUUCAGAGAGCUGCUGCCGGGUCUGAAGCUCUCUGCACUCUGCACGGCGAGAAAUUCAAACUCUUCUGUUUGGAAGAUGAGGAGCCGAUCUGUGUCGUCUGUCAGACUUCAGAGAAGCACGAAAACCACAAACUGCGGCCUGUUCAGGAAGCAGCGCUGAAGUACAAGGAGAAACUCCAGGCUGCACUGAGACCAUUGCAGAAGAAGCUGAAGAUCUUUAAAAAAUUGAAACUAAAGAGAGACCAGGCAGCAGAGUUAAUUAAGAGGCAGGCCGAACAUACAGAGAGGCAAAUAAAGGGGGAGUUUGAGAAACUCCACCAGUUUCUACAACAGGAAGAGGCAGCCAUGAUGGCUGCACUGAAAGAGGAAGAGGACCAGAAGAUUCGAGCAGUGAAGGACAAGAUUGAGAACAUCACAAGAGAUAUAUCAUGCCUUAAAAACAAAAUCAGAGCCAUAGAACAGGAGAUGAAAGCUGAUGACAUCCCAUUCUUGCAGAGCUGCAGGAAUGCAAUGAGCAGAGCCCAGUGCGAACUGGAAGAUCCAGAGGAGUUGACCCCCAAGACAAAUAUCAAUGUAGCCAAACACCUGGGCUAUCUGAAGUACAGAGUGUGGGAGAAGAUGCUCGGGAUUGUUCACUACAAAAGAUCAGGAAAAAUGGCUUCUAGUUUGGCUAUCCCAGAGGAGGACUUCUGCUGUUCAGUGUGCUGUGACAUCUUCAAGGACCCUGUUCUCUUAAAGUGCAGCCACAGCUUCUGUGAAGCCUGUCUGCAGCAGCAUUGGGCACAGACUGGCUCUCGGGAAUGUCCAGUCUGCAGGAGAAAGUCCUCUAUGGAAUCUCCUCCUCGUAACCUGGCCUUAAAGAACCUGUGUGAGGCCUUUUCAAAGCAGAGGAUUCAAAGAGCUGCUGCUGAGUCUGAAGCUCUCUGCACUCUGCAUGACGAGAAACUCAAACUCUUCUGCCUGGAGGAUGAGGAGCCAAUCUGCCUCGUCUGUCAGACUUCAGAAAAGCAUGAGAACCAUAAACUGCGGCCUGUUCAGGAAGCAGCUCUAAAGUACAAGGAAAAACUCCAGACUGCACUGACACCACUGCAGGAGAGGCUGGAGGCCUUUAUUAAAGAAAAACAAUACAGUGCCAAAGCAACUGAGAUAAUCAAGAGUCAGGCCCAGGACACAGAGAGACAGAUAAAGGAAGAGUUUGAGAAACUCCAUCAGUUUCUACGGGAUGAAGAGGCAGCCAGGAUAGCUGCAUUAAGAGAGGAAGAGGAGCAGAAGAGUCAGCUAUUUGAAAGGAGUAUUAGAAAAAUGACAAAAGAAAUAUCACUCCUUUCAAAUGCCAUCAGAGACAUAGAGGAGUUAUUGAACGGUCAUGACAUUUCACUCCUGCAGGGCUUCAGCUUCGCAAAUAAAAGGGUCCAGCGCAAAGUAAAGGAAGGAAAGAUGGAUUCAGGAGCACUGAUUGAUGUGGCCGAACACUUGGGCAACCUGAAGUACAGAGUGUGGGAGAAGAUGCUGAAGAUUUUACACUACACUCCUGUGACUUUAGACCCAAACAAAAAAACACCCUAUCUCAUCCUGUCUGAGGAUCUGACCAGUUUGAGAUACAGUGAGGAGGGUGAGCAGAAUUCAGAUGACCCAGAGGCCUUUGGUACUCUUCCUUGGGUGUUGGGUUCUGAGGGAUUCAUCUCAGGGAGACACUGUUGGGAUGUAGAGGUUGGGAAUAAUCCUGCCUGGGCACUGGGUGUCGUUGAAGGUUUAUCUAAAAAACGAGGUACCAACCAGGGCAGAGAGGGAAAAAGAUGGGUUAUAGCUCUUGAUGUCAAAAAAUAUUCAGCACUGAACAGUGAAGGAAAAGUGACAACUAUUAAUCUGAAGAGAAAAUUGGAAAAGGUCAGAGUUCAGUUGGACUGGGACACAGGAGAGGUGUCCUUCUCUGACCCCACUGACAGCACUCCUCUGCACACAUUUAAACACAGAUUCACUGAGACCGUGGUUCCUCUCUUUUGUGUUGGGUCUGAUGCUGUUCCUCUAAGAAUCUGUCCAAUGAAUUUAUCUGUGACAGUGGGAUAGUAUGCUAUAAUGCGGACAAAGUUAAUGAGGAUAGGGGACGGUUUGAAAUUCUCAAUACUGUAGCUCAUCAUUUAAUCAUAUUUUUUAAAAAAGAAAAAAUAUGUACA